AUGUCUACCAAACCAAUCCUCAAGCUGUCGACUCCGGUCACAGCCAACUUUCCCAAUAUCCCCCGACCAACAGACGAGCUCCGCUCCGCUGUGACACUUCCUUCGGCUCUUUCAGAUCGUACUCCUCUGUCUGCCAUCUCGCGAACAUCAGCCUUCCGUGACCCUCUAUCGGCACUUCCUUCAGCAGGCCUUCCUUCUGCUGGGCCAUUCAGCGCAACCCUCAAGGUGGAUCAUGAUCUUCAAAAGACACCCAUUACACCACCCGUCGCAUACCUCGACUUUCUUAAGUGCAUGCAACUCGUUUCUCCCAGUCUAGCCUCGCCACCGCAAACAGGAAAGGUGUCCCUGCACCGGACGAGCACCGCUAGCAGCCUCAGCACCAGCAGUACUAAUAGCCAUGAAUCGGAGUCUUCGGUUGACUCCGCCACUACGGACGACUCUGAGAAGGAGAAAGAAGGACAGAUUGACAGCGCGCCAUCAACAGCUCGCUCAGAUGUGAGCUCCGAGCCAGAAAUCAAGGUCGAGGCCGAGGAGAAGGAGGACAAAAAGGUGGACGAGAAAGAGGACGAGAAGGAAGACGGGGAGAACGUCGGCAACGGGAAGGAAGACAAAUCCAGACCAGCACCUAUCACCAUCUCUCAACCUCCGACUCCCCAAAGCUCGCUCUAUCCGAUGUCAGCUCCAGCCACCGGCGCCGCGGUAUUCCCAAGCACCAAGAUCCCUGCAUCACCCGCCAUCUCUACUUCCGCACUCUACUCGCCACGAACACCCCUCAGUGCAGCAUCUGUCCGCUCGCCUUUCGAUUGGGAGGCGGCGCUAAAGCUGCGGCGAUUUGCUGAAGUUUCUAGCCUCAAGCGCUCUGCGCCAUCUGAUGCUCCUGCUGUCAGCAACCCCACGUCUGUUCCCGUCGCAAAGGAAUCACGAUCCAGCAUACGCCACAUCCGUGAAGUGGUUACAAGAACAGUAACCUACACACCACGAAUGGCGCCCGCACCCAAGGGAAAGCGAAGAAAGAUUGACGCCGAUACAGCCAUCAAGUCAUGA